ACAGCUGUUCAAACAAGCUUCAAGCGUGGAUAAAAAAGUUGGACGAGACAGACAACAAGUAUCAGUUGAACAUGUCAGCGAUGCGACUGACGGAAGAAGGCACAAGGACAAUCGGCAGCGAAAUACCACGUCCACAUGUCGUGCUGCUGGGCGCCCUGGUAAACGUGUCGUCUUUGUCCGCUGUUUAUAAGACAAAGCCGGUCAACGGCCACUUACCGCUUGAAUCUUUAAAGCAAGUUUGUACAAUCCAUUCCAUAACAAAUUUGGAGAUCGAAAGCAAGGCAUUCGAAGACAGGGGCGAUGAACAGAACAUUCGUCGCUAUCGGACGGCGUUUACGCGCGAGCAGAUCAGUCGUUUGGAAAGGGAAUUCGCCCACGAGAAUUACGUCUCCCGACCGAGGCGUUGCGAGUUGGCGUCCAUAUUGAAUUUGCCGGAAAACACGAUCAAAUGGCCACACGCCGCUAGGCCAUUGGUCACCGGUGGCCGAUUGCGCGCUAAUGCGCCUCGGCAGGGCCGUCGUUUACAUGCGUAAUU